AAGAUAAGCCCAUGCAUACAUUAACUUGGUUUCUAUGUCCUCGGAUUUUCACACACGACGCCUCAAUUCCCUCCUCCACCUCUCACGAAUCAAUCACGAGAAUGGCUUCGGUGUGCGCUUCCUCAGCCAUUGCUGCUGUGGCCAUCUCCUCUCCGAGUGGCCAAAAGAAUGGAUCUUCUUCAUUCCUGACCGGCAAGAAGUUGAGCGUGAGAAAGUACACCGCACCGGCUGCGGCUGCAGGAAGAUUGGCCACCGUUUGCGCAGCAGCUGAUCCCGAUAGACCUAUCUGGUUCCCAGGAAGCACUCCUCCUCCGUGGCUCGACGGCAGCCUCCCGGGAGACUUCGGCUUCGAUCCUCUUGGUCUCGCGUCUGAUCCUGAGAGCUUGAGAUGGAACCAACAAGCGGAGCUGGUCCACUGCAGAUGGGCAAUGCUAGGAGCCGCCGGCAUUUUCAUUCCCGAGUUGCUCACGAAGCUUGGCAUCCUCAACACUCCUUCUUGGUACACCGCCGGGGAGCUAGAGUACUUCACCGACACCACCACCCUCUUCAUCAUUGAGCUCAUUUUCAUCGGCUGGGCUGAGGGCAGGAGAUGGGCCGACAUCAUCAAGCCCGGGUGCGUCAACACCGAUCCCAUCUUCCCCGACAACAAGCUCACUGGCACCGAUGUCGGGUACCCCGGUGGGCUCUGGUUUGACCCGCUCGGGUGGGGGUCCGGGUCGCCCGAGAAGGUCAGGGAGUUGAGGACCAAGGAGAUCAAGAAUGGGAGGCUGGCCAUGUUGGCUGUUAUGGGCGCUUGGUUCCAACACAUCUACACCGGCACCGGCCCGAUUGAUAACCUCUUCGCUCACCUCGCUGAUCCGGGUCAUGCUACAGUUUUUGCUGCUUUCACACCCAAGUGAGGAAGAAUUCGAGAGAGAACGAAUCGAGGAUGAAUUGGAAAUCCUUUUGCAAAGGAAUGAGGGUGAGAGAGGUGUGAUUAUGUGAAGGAAGAUUGUGUAAUUGGGAAAGAGAACUUGUAUUGGCUCUCCUUCUCUAGUCUAUAGAAUGGUUGUGCAAUGUACAAAUACCUCUUUGAUGAAGUUAGGCCUUGACAUUGAUGAUUAAA